UGCGGAAGUGGCUCUUGGUUGCUAUGAGCUACGCGGCCGGCGCGGAGCAAACGGUUGCAUUUAACGGAGGUAGAAGGCUACAAGUUAAACUAAAGGUCGUUUGUGUUUUGGAGGCCGUGUUCAGGACCCUGGGUUACGCGGAUGGCUUUACCCACAAUCCCAUCCAGAUGGAGCACCAGGAGUCGAGGGCUGGAACAGCAAAUUGUUCGCCAGCGGGAGCAGGAGGAACGCCUUCGCAUGCAGUGGGACCUGCAUCAUCGAUACUUCAAAAUGCACGAUGUCCGGAGCAGUAAACAGGCGCAGUGGAGCUCAAGGCAAUCUUACCAGCAAAGUAUGACAGCAUACCACAGAAAUCGUCAGCAGGAGGAAAAACUGCGUAACCUAGAGCAACGACGGCGAAAGCUGCAGAGCUUGCUGCAAGAGGAGCAGCAUCUGUUAGAAGCAGAGCUCCGGCAGCUAAAGGUGGAUUCGGCUCCUCUCAUACAGGAGGCAAAAAAGAAGACUGAGGAAUUGAAAUCGGCUCGUGAAGAACAUCGAAGAAAGGUUGCUGAAGAGUUGUUAUACGAGCACUGGAAGAAGAACAAUACUGAACUCCGACAACUCCAGUCAGAUUUGCACAAGACACAUGUGACAAACAGCUGGCAUUCGCAGGUCACAGAAAAACGACAGCAAGAAGAGGCAGAGUUAGAGGAGAAGAAGAGACUGGAGAACGAAUAUGAAAUUUCACGAAAGCAGGCCCUAGAGCGAAUAAAGCAGGAAGAGGAGAGAAGAAAACAGGAAGACCUGAAGCAAGCAGAGAUUCUGCAACAGCAGAUGGAAGAGCUGCGUUUACGGGAGGUUGAGGCAAAGAAACUCAGGCUGGAACAGGAGAAAUUAUUGAAACAGCAAUGGGAGUUGGAGGAGCUGGAGGAGCAAAGGAAACAAUUAGAACAACGGCGAAAGAAAUCUGAGUUGGGCCGGAUACUGAACCGACAAUACAAGACCCAGAUGAGGAGGCGAGCUCAGCAAAUUCAGGAAGAAUUGGAGAUGGAUCGCCAACUUCUUGCAUCACUCAUUGAAAAAGAAGAGGUAGACCAAAAACUGCAGUCGGCGAGGAGAGAACGAGCUAUAGCUGAUGCAGCCUGGAUGAAAAAAGUCAUCGAGGAGCAGCUCCAGUUGGAACGGGAGCGGGAGGCAGAAUUGGACACCAUCUUUAGGGAGGAGGCCCAACGUAUGUGGGAAAAACGAGAGGAGGAGUGGGAGAGGGAAAGGCAAGCAAGAAUGCGUUUAAUGCAAGAGGUACUUGUAGGCCGUCAGCAGCAAGUCCUGGAGCGAAUUGAGCUGAAUCGACACGCUCAGGAAGAAUCACUGCAGCUUCGGGAGAGACUUAUUCAGGAAUUAGAGGAAGUAAAGGAAAUGGCAAAGCGUAAGAAAGAGGAAGAGGAGGAAGUAAAAACAGCCCGUAAACAGGAGCUGGAAGCUCAGGUUGAAGAGCGAAGGAGGAAGGCGUUGGAAGAGUUGCAACGACAACAGGAAGAGGAGAAUGAGGAAAGGCUGGCAGAGAGGGAGAAUGAAGAGUUGCUUCAACGUGAAGCUGAGCUGAUGAGACGACAGGGGUAUGAGCCCAAGACUUGGCACCGGCCACGAAUAGCCUGGACGUAAUAUAAAAACUGGGAGGUUCAAAAGUGGCUGUAAGGUGUGACUCUUCCCUUGGAAUGGAUUCACUGAGUGGAGCAAAUGCUCUCACUGGCCCCUUGCCAGAACAGGGGGCCAAGUCUUCAACUCCCCUUUAGUCCUGCACUUACUGAAGAAGAAACAUCAAUCAACCUGUGGAACAAGAAAUUUAGUCCAAAUUUCAUAUGAAGCCAACGAACUGAUAUAAAUCUGUAAGGAAGACACCUUCUCUAUAAAUUGGUGCCUGUGAUUAGUAUACAGUCCUCCACAGGUCCCAACCAGUUUUCAUUGCUUGGAAAAUUAUAUCGUCACUCAGAUGAGUGUUUGUGAGUGGCUGGUGCACUAAAUCCAUAUUGUACAUGUGUGGAUCAAAAAGUAAUCCUGAAGCCACAUCUAUGUUUAGUGGAGCUUCACAUCCAUGGAUUCUGUUCCCAUAAUCAUCCUUUUUAGGAUUAGGGUCUACUUGCAUUUACUCACGUUCUGUGGUAUUUGGGUUAACUAAUGUGGCCAAUGGUGAAACUACAGAAUCUACCAGAGAAAGAGCAGAAGGUGUCUGAUGGGUUGGGUGGUCUGUGAGUGUUGGAUCUCCUUCACCAUUUCUGCAGGGGCUUUGUACUCCUCCCAAGUAUUGCUUCUCCACUUUAAACAGACUGGGUCAGUGAUUCCCAGGGACUGUCGGGGUUGUUUCUCAAGGAGGCUUUGAGCACAUCCUGCUCCUGCCUUGUGAUCUCUUUCUGUGACAGAGUUUGGAGUAGUGUUUGUUUCAGGGAUCCUGUGUCAGGCAUCUGAGUGACCUGUUCAACACUAUGGUGUAUAAUACAAAUGUAAGAGAAACAUCUAUUCAUCUACAAGCCCCUUAAUGAUAGAUGAGCAAUAAAUAUCGUUUAAUGUAUUCUAAAGCAAGGAGAUGUACCAGUUCUUGAUUUUAGUGCUUUGAUGAAAUAGGAGAAGGAGAAAGUUUUAAUAUGUCAGGCCUCGCUCAAGAGUUGGGAAAUAAGAACACAAAAUUCUCGCUCCCCUCCCCCCCCCCCACCGCGAGGGUGGAGGAGCAAAACC